AUGGCUGCAGUUGUUGCUUCGCAUCACGUCGGAUUUUGGCAUGAACGAAGAGAUCCUACCAUACACGUCACAAACCUGCAUCUGGCCAACAUGAUGUCUCCGUACGAUAUUCCCAGAACAGUGGCAAAUACAUCGGCAUCCCGAAGUUAUCAGCCAACAACUACGCAAAUGGACAUGGGUAUGCCCAUCUUCUCCGCCACUGGCCUGUCGAGCUCGGUACCGUAUCAAUCAGGAGCGUUCGCUUUCGACCCGAUCUCGACCAACCCCUACAAUAUGCAACAAUCCUCGUACUAUUCAUCGAACAUUGCGCAGGCUGUUACCUAUGGCACAGCCCCAGAUGUACAGUCACAUCCUACUGUUCGAGACGCUCAUAGCUCGUUCCUAAUGAAUCGGAACACGAUGGUCAAAUCUGAGAGCGCUUCGCCCAUAUCCUCAGCUCCCAUGUACAACGACCACUCUUACGUGGCAGAGUGCAGGCGUGCUGCUUCCGAGCAGACGGAUCGCACCGGUGUAAACUUCGCCACCGAUGUGGAUACUCUCAUGAGAGCCAUCCAAGCUAAAGAACCCACAACGCCGCAAGCAAAGGAGGCAAAGCAGGAGACCGAGGUCAAGAUUAGCCAGAAAACGCGUAAGAGGUACCAAUGCAACAUACCAGACUGCAGCAAGAGCUUCUUCCAGAAGACACAUCUAGACAUCCACAUCCGCGCACACACCGGCGCGAAACCAUUUAACUGUAAAGCACCUGGUUGUGGGCAGUCAUUUUCGCAGCUCGGCAAUCUCAAGACGCACGAAAGGCGACACACUGGAGAACGACCGUAUAGUUGUGACAUUUGUGGCAAGACGUUUGCUCAAAGAGGCAAUGUUCGUGCACACAAGAUUGUUCAUCAACAGAUCAAGCCAUUCACUUGCAGGCUCGAUGACUGUGGCAAGCAAUUCACUCAGCUUGGCAACUUAAAGUCACACCAAAACAAGUUCCACGCCGCCACGCUAAGAUACUUGACGCAAAAGUUUGCCACCAUCACUCCCAGUGACUACGUGUCACAAGAGGAUAAAGAGCUCUGGGAGUACUUUGCAUCGCUUUACAAGAACUCCAACAAAGGAAUCAAGGGCCGCGGAAAGGAUCGACGCAUCUCUGCAAUCUCCUCCAUGGCGAAUUCAAACCCUUCAUCGUACGCUCCUAUGCCCAUGACUUCGAUGUCCCAGAGCUACAGUGGUUAUCUUCAUCAUAGUGGAAGUGACCGUAGUAGUCGAAGUUCCUCCAUGUCGACAGAUGCUAUCCGCAGGAUCGACAAUAGCUAUGACUUUAACGCUCCCAUGCCUACUGGUUAUCACCAUCAAACUCAAGGAACCGGCUAUGAUGACAUGGUAUUCCCUGAGCGCAAAUUGUACUGA